UAUGGCCAGAAACGUUUUUCAUUACGUGAUAACGAGAUAUAAAUGUUGAAAUAACAGUGAAAGUACAAGGAAAUCGCUAAAAAUAUUUCCAAAUAUAAAUUUGUUAUUGUAAUAAGAUAAAUCAAAUAAAUACGUUAUUUAGUAUAAUAAUAAUAAUAAUUUAAAAAAAAAAUAUGCUUCUCGACUACUCAUUUCAAGAUGUAAAAAUAGAAUUUAUUCUAAUACGAUAGAUUGAUCGUGAAGUGUUUUGAAGAACAGAUGUUAUCUGCUUGCGUGACUGAGACAAAUAUGAGCCCAUAAAUGUAAAAAUAGUAUAAAAUAUUUUACAAAAUGAGUUGUUCUGUGGAAUUAAGACAACGCAGACAACAGGGGAUGACGGAGGAUCCUCAUAGGCUUGCAGCAAUGAUGAAUAAAUCACAGAGACUGGUUUUAGGACUUUUGGUUUUAUUAUUGGUUGAUAUCAUUUGGGUUUCAAGCUCCGAAUUGACAAAAUAUAUUUAUAGAGAAGCAGCUUUUGAAAAGCCAUUUUUUAGUACAUAUAUAAAAACAUCUAUGUUUACUCUUUAUUUACUUGGUUUAUGCUUUUGGCCCCCAUGGCGGGAUCAAUGUAAUAGGCCAGCCACUUAUAUGUUCAUAGACCCAAAUGUCGAAGAUGAUAACUUCUACACAGAAGCUAAUACAAGUUUGAGUGAUCCAACAUUUGUACCAAUAAAAACACCUGAUCAUUGUGAGCGUUCAUCUGGCACAGAAAGUGAUGAUUCUUCUAUUCGAUCUGUAAGAUUUAGCAAAUUAGCUGAAGUCAGGCAUAUGUCAGAAACUGACGCUACAGAAGCUUUAUUAGCCAGAUUAAGUUAUCAAGCAAGCAUCAGAGCCGGGGAACACGCUCGACGACAAGCUAAUAAGUUUUCUGUUCAAAAAGUAGCAAAAAUAGCACUUAUGUUUUGUUUAUUUUGGUUCUUAGCAAAUUACGCUUUUCAAAUAGCAUUGUCUGAAACAGAAGCUAGUGUUGUCACAGUACUAUCUUCUACAUCGAGUUUAUUCACUCUAUUCCUUGCUGCCUUUUUUCCAAGUAAUGGAGGAGAUAAAUUUACAUUAUCAAAACUAGUUGCAGUAACUGUUAGCAUAUUUGGAUUAGUAUUAGUUGGUCUUUCAGAUUUAACUAUAGAAAUUAGUAGAAUACCAACAGGUAUAAUAUUGGCUCUAGUCAGUGCAUUUUUUUAUGCAGCAUAUAUUGUAUUUUUGAAAAGAAAAGUCGACCACGAAGAUAAGAUGAAUAUACCAAUGUUUUUUGGAUUUGUGGGACUUUUCAAUUUAACACUUUUAUGGCCAUUAUUUUUUAUUCUUCAUUAUGGCCAUUGGGAAGAAUUUGAAUGGCCUGAUACUCAUCAGUGGACAUUUUUAAUAAUUAAUGGAUUAAUUGGCACUGUCUUAAGCGAAGUUCUUUGGCUAUGGGGAUGUUUUCUGACAUCGUCUCUAAUAGCAACAUUGGCUAUUAGUUUAACAAUGCCAAUGUCAAUGAUAGCUGAUGUUCUAUUAAAAAAGGUUCAGUAUCCUUGCAUUUUUUACUUAGGAACCAUUCCAAUGUUAUUUGCAUUUUUGACUGUAUCUAUACUAUCCCAUUAUGAUAAUUGGGAUCCUGUUAUGGAUUUAAUAAAGAGACUGUAUCUCUGGAUUUGUCGAAAAAAUAGAUCUACAAGAUUACCAGAUCUAGAAGCAGAACAGACAGAAUCACUCAUAGGAAUAAAUAAUGGUGAACACGAAGCUUGAUUCGACAAUAAAAACAGUCGC